AUGCCGGAACCAAUUGCCCCCGGAACCACGUCUGCCCCUCCUUCCCUGUAAAUCCGGGAGGCGAACGCACACCUGACGGCCGUGUACCGGAGCGCCGCGGAGCGGAGAGCACUAGACACGGCGGAGCGCACGGUGCACUCCCAGGCUGAGAGCCUGGCACGCCACGACUAGCAGCCAGCUGCCCUGGACGAACUGGGAUGCGCCAAGGACCGUGAGAUUACCACUCUCCAGGAGCAGCUGCUGACUUCUGAGGCUACUGUCCAUAGCCUGCAGCAGAGGGAUGAGUUCAUCAGACACUUGGAGCCCCGGGGGGUGCUGCAGGACAUCUGUCACUGCUGGCUGCCCCUGGCCAGGCUGCUGGCUCCCCUGGCUGAGGCUGAGUGCCUGGGACCUCUGCUAGCCAGUGACCCCAACCACCCACUCCCUGGUGUGCCUGGCCUACCCCUUGCUAAUAGCACUGGGGAAGAAGGGGAUAUGGACCAGCUCCAGCCUGCGGUAUUUGGGACUACAGUGUGAACCCGGAGACCGAAGGCCACUGUUUUGAGUGUCCUUAGCAGUCACCAGUGUUCUGGAGGGGACCCUGUGGCACAGCCAUAAUCUUGCCAAGCAUCAAAAAUAAGCUGAAAACUCAAAGUUUUCAAACAGACCCACAGGCCAAAUGAGGAUGUUUAAUGCAGACAGAAUUUUUUUCUUUGAAGUUCAAAUCAAUCACCCUUGUUAAAAAUUGACAAUGCUCAUACAGAAAUCUGGAUUUCUGGCAAGAUGGGGACAUACUUGCUUAGAUCUGAGUCUAGGGUGCCCUUUUAGCUUGGUGUGAGUUUCAGCUGGUCCCCUCACUUCUCUUAGGUUAUCUGUCUGGCCCUUAAAGCAUCUGAGUUUGAGACCUUUCCCUAUGUCUGGUUGGAGGCAGAUGGCAGCAAGUUUCACAUUAUUUGAGUUGUUCUGUCGCUUUUUCGUAUUUCUCCUGAGGCAGCCCCCAUCUCAGGUCUGAAGUUUUUUCUUUACCCCAGAUCAGAAUUGAGGACCUCUAAACC